AUGCCCUCUCAAACACCGACCGUCUUCUCCUCCACGGAACUUGCCUACCUGCACUCCUCACUUGCUGCUUCACCACCGAUCCGGCCUGAUGCUCGGGCCCCAACCACCUUCCGGCCGCUCAUUGCGGAAACAGAUCUCGUCCCUUUCGCUAAUGGCAGUGCGCGUCUGUGCUUUGCCGAUGGUACCGAAGGUAUUGUUGGCGUGAAAGCCGAGAUAGAGACGACUGUCACAUACGGUAGCUUGAGAGGUGGCGAUCGCAUCGAUCCGAUCAAGCAGGAUGAUGCUGAGAGCCUACGGCUGGGCGAGCACGACUCUGUUGAGGUCACGAUCGAUAUACCUGGCCAACGGGACGACGAUCCCACAAUCCAUUUCCUUUGCCAAAUGAUCCAAGAAAGUUUCGUCACGGACAGACAUCUACAGCGCCGUCUCUAUAUCAAUGAUCACUGGCAUUGGAAGCUCUCUAUUGACAUCCUCCUCCUCUCUCAACCGCUCUCCUACCCUCUUCCCCUUCUUUCCCUCUCCACGCACCUCGCUCUGCUCUCCACACGUCUCCCGGCCCUGAUAUCACGAGGCGAAGAGGAUCCGCUCUUCGACGAUGACUGGGAUGCCGCACUACCUCUCUAUACUUCUCCCUCUCCUACCUCUACCCCUAGGAUUACCAACACCAUCUUGAGUCAACAAACAGCAACUACCAAAAACAGCCGCAACAAGCCCCCCGUACAUCUGCUCGUGAUCUCCGUAGCAGAUAACAUCUUUUUCGAUCCUUCACCUGAGGAAUUAGCUGUCGCUGACUCUGUUGUUGUGAUUACGCUUACUACAAAGGCAAGAAAGAGGAAUGAAAAGAGUAAAGCUGGAGAGGAUGAUGCGAAAGGCGGGGAAGGGGUCGAAGUGCUGGGCAUACGCACGCUAGACCCUCCAGCAAGAGGAAGUGCGAGCUCAUUUGCUGCCUUGGCGCAGCAGAGUGGGCAGCCUGGCGGUGAGGGGGGUGGGAAUGAAGAUGAGGAGGGUGUCUGGAGACCGAAGGUAGGGGGCAUGAAGAGAGCGGUGUUGAAGAAGAUGACCGAAAUGUGCAUCAAGCGGAGAGGCGUGGGGGAAGAAGUGAUGGAGGGGUUGGAAAGUUUUGCUCGUCAGGGAAAGUAUCAGAUGCACGUGUUAUGA